AUGGUUGAGGAUGUGGAUAAAGAGCUGGACGUUAAUCUUGAAAGACUUGAUGAGACGUCAUUAGAUGGAGGGUCAUCCUCGGACAGCGAUAUUACCCCAGAUUUUAGCAAACGAAGGAAGCAGGGUAUUGUGAUUAUAUGUUCUGCGGCAUGCUUUCUCACGCCUAUGGCCGGUCUCGCAUUUUUGCCUGCUGUAACCACCAUCGCAGAGCGAUUUCACACUACUGGCUCGGUGAUUAAUGUUUCCAACGCGGUCUACAACGUCUGUAUGGGACUUUCCUGUUUUUGGGCUCCAUUCAGUGACACAUAUGGCCGCAAACCCACUUUUUUGAUUUGCAUGUCCCUUUAUGUCGUUUCCAUGGUUCUAGUGGCCUUUUCGCAGAACCUUGCCAUGUUUUUCAUAUUCCGAGCGACCACCGCGUUUUUCGGUACGGCCUUUUUUUCGAUUGGCGCUCAGAUUAUUGGCGACAUCUAUCCGCCCGAAAAAAGAGGAGGCGCUAUGGGCUGGAACAUAGCUGGCAGCCAAAUCGGGCCACCAUUGGGUCCCACGUUUGGAGCUAUCAUCGUUACUUACACUUCAUGGAGGGUUAUAUUUGUUAUCAUGGCGAUUCUAGGCGGAAUAGUUCUUGCCUUGGCCUAUGUACUGCUACCUGAGACCCUGAUCAACAACCAACAUGCUAUUGCCCUCCGCGAAUACAAUAAGAACGAAGAGGUUGUUGAAGGUAAAAAGAAGCGAAGAAAAUUCAUUUUCGUCCCAUUUGGAAUUACGCGUCCCAUACUUUCCUUCAAAUACCCCUCACUGAUCCUGGCAGGUAUUUCUUCCAUGGCUUUGAUGUACAACAUGUAUUCCCUCUUGACUCCCAUCAGGUAUGUUGUAGACCCAAGGUUUGAUAUCACCCUACCCCUCUAUGGCGGUCUCUUUUACCUGGCACCUGGUGCUGGCUUUUUUGUGGGGUCUUUGAUGGGUGGGAAGCUGUCAGACUACCAGGUACGGAAAAGCUACAAAAAGAGGGGAAGGAGGGUAGCUGAAGAUCGUUUGAGGAUUACGUUAAUUUUCUUUGGAUUCUUGAGCCCUGCGUCGAUAGUCACGUAUGGAUGGUCCAUUGAAAAGAGGAAAGGUGGCAUUGCUCUUCCAGUCAUUAGCAUGUUUAUCAAUGGGCUCAGUCAAACGAACAUUUUCCCCACAAUCAACAGUUAUUGCAUCGAUUCAAAGACAGAUGAAAUCGGAGGAGGUGCCGUUGGUGGUAAUUAUAUGGUUAGAUUUUUUGCCUCCGCUAUUGGCUCUGCAACUUGCCUUCGGGCUAUAAACGAUAUAGGAAUCGGAUGGACUUCAACCAUAUCUGCUGCAGUGCUCUUAGUUGGAUUUGCAGCAAUGGUUGUUUUGAUUAUUUACGGAGAGCGUCUGAGGGUAGGAAAAAUAUCGUCGUUCGGUCAUUGA